AUGGCGCCGAUGGUGUACUACAAACCGAAGGAGCCGCCGCCCCCGAAGGUGACCACUGUCGAGCCGAGCACUGAGCCCAGUGGUCAGCAGCAGUACUACAGCAUGGCGGAGAACUACUACCAGGACUACAAGGGACCCACUAAUGGGCCGCAGAAGUAUGCCCUAGCAGACUAUGGGGCACCGUCAAGUGAAGCCCCCUCUGUGCACACUGAUUACGCCGCAAACACAACACCGGCUCCGCCACCGCCGCCGCCGAGAGAUCCGGGAGAUAUACAAGGCCACUUGGAGAACCUCCUUAAACUCCUUCUCACCAGCAAACCACUAUCUGAAAACGAGAAACACAAACUGCUGAACAAGUUUCUAUCCUUGAAUGUUCAGCUUCAAAACUUAUCCGACACAAAGAUUUGUCUUGCACAGGCAAUAUAUGACCAGAUUGAAAUAAAAGCACGCCAACUCGACUCACAAUCACGUGGUUUGAGUCUUCACAACGGAUCAUCUUCAUCACAGUCAAAUAAUAAUUCCAGCAACUCUAAUAGUGCCAACUCCGGUAACUCAAAUUCAUACGCAAACACCAACGGUCUUACGAGUUCAUCUUCUCGUGGAGCACUAUGCAACAACAACAGCAGCAGUUACAAUGGAAGUCAUUCAAUGAACAAAUCCGACACUGCCCACAGUUCAGAGAUGAGAUCAUCUACAUUAGUAAACAGCAAAGAUAAUGGCAACAAAGAUGUAUCUAAUUCUGCUCAAUCCUCUGACAAUGGCAAGAGGACAAGGCGAAAUGCUGGAAACAACAACUCCAAUGCAGCACACAGCGGCAAUGAAAAUGAAGAUAAUGAAGACGAGGAUAGUGAUGAAAUUGAAAGCAGCAAGCAAAACAACAGCAACAACAACAACAACGCCAGUAGCAAUGGAAGUAACAACACCAAUAAUGGCAACAACAACGGCAACAAUAAUGGAAACGGCAAAAAGGACAACUCGAAGGAGGAUACAAAUGGUGGUAGUGGUGACGAAGCGGCUGCAUCCACGUCUGCGUCUACAUCUAAUGCUCAGGAACGCACCGGAAAGAGAGGAGUGGCAGCAAAACGAAAUGUUAAAAACACUAAAAAGACAAAUGAGAACAAAAAGCGGAAAAGCUCAAACAAUUACGAUGACAGUGUUUACAAUAGCAUUGAUCCUGACGAGCCCACCUAUUGCACCUGCGAACAGGUGUCUUAUGGCGAGAUGAUUUGCUGCGACAACAAUGAUUGCAAAAUUGAAUGGUUUCACUUUUCUUGUGUUGGCCUGACUUCCAUUCCGAAAGGUCGCUGGUUUUGUAUGGCUUGUCGUGGUGAUCGUAGCAACAUUCAAAAGAAAUCAUAG